CUAAGCUGGGGAAGCGGUGCCCGGUUCCGCCUGCCAACCUUCUAAACCAGCGAAUACUCAACACUGACUCCCAGUGUCUAGAAGCCUGUCUCAGAUCAUCCGCAGCGUGAGCGGAUUUUGAGUGACUUUUGGCCCUCGCGGCCCCUGUAGCGUCCCUAGUUACUGGGCUCUUAGUACCCGCCCGCCCCAAGAAAGGAGCCGCCGGGUAGAUUAAGGCCGCGCGAGCUUCCCCGCCCUGGGCCAGCGCGGGCGCUCAGGCCUCCGCGGCGCGGUGAUGGCCGCCUCGCACCGAGCGGCGAAGCUGGCGGCCUCCUGUCUCCAAAUCCCGAUAAAUCCCAGCACUGGAGUGCGGGUCGCCCAGUGCGAACGCGAAGACCCAUUGGAGGCUCUGGCGGCUGCGGCAGCGACAGCGGCCUUGGAAGAAGAGGAGGAGGAGGAGCCGGAAGAGGAAGAGGAGCGGGGGGCGCUGUGGUCCGCGCGGGCGCGGGCUGAUUUUAAAACCAACAUUUCUGGGGUGGAUGAACAAACAUGUGUAAGCUCUGAGGACUUUAUGGACUUCUCUGAUAUUUACCAUUCUAAUGAAGAGUAUUUUAGGAAACUAGAUGAGUUAAAGGCGGCCCACAUGGAAACUAUGGCAAAGUUAGAGAAAAUGUACCAAAAUAAACUGAAUUUAAAGGAGGCUCAGCCAGUGAUCAUCAGAGAAGAAGCUUCUAGUGUCUCUUCCAGGUCUGUAUCAGAAAAGAGCUCUUAUCACCAUGUCUCGUUAAUGACAUCGCCUUCAGAGCCUGAUUUAGGUCAGUCUUCCUCCUCGAUUUUGUCUUCCUCUGAAGAUGAAUUACCCAGCUUAGAAAAAGAGUACCCUGAGAAAAGCAGAGUCAUGAACUACGCUAUGGAACUGAUCAACAAUAUGUGGACAAACUUUUCUGUUGAAGAUUAUAUUCAGUGUGUAGAUGCUGAUUUCCCAGCAGUUGGAAAAACAAAGAAGAAACCAAAAGAAUGGGUGCCAAAGAUUACAGUACCUGAGCCUUUUCAAAUGAUGAUUAGAGAACAGAAGAAAAAAGAAGAGAACAUGAAAUCUAAAUCAGAUAUGGAAAUGGUUCACAAACUGCUCAAAAAACAAGAGGAAGAUUCAGAGUGUAAGAAAAAAUUCCGAGCCAAUCCAGUUCCUUCAUUCGUCUUUUUACCCCUUUAUCAUGAUAUAGUCAAGCAAAAUGAAGAACGGAGGAGAUCUAGGAAGGAGAAAAACAAAGAAGCCCUUUUGGCUUCACAAAAGCCAUUUAAGUUUAUUGCAAGAGAAGAACAGAAGCAAGCAAUCCGGGAAAAACAGCUGAGAGACUUUUUUAAGUCUAAAAAGAAAAAUCGAUUUAAAGCCAGACCCAUACCUCGAUCUACUUAUGGUUCAAGUACCAAUAACAAGUUGAAAGAAGAUGAGCUCUGUAGAAACAUUAGGAUGCAGCUGAAAGCCCCUGAGCUCUCAGAGGAUCCAUCCCCUUUGCCUUGUAGGACAAAUCACAGAAGUUUUGCUACACAUAGGCUCAAAGGUCCUGAACAGGCUGAAAAGUUGAAGUAUAAAUACAAGAUUAGGUGCCAGACUGCUGAUUUUGAAAACCUUCCUGAGCGAUAUCAGAAAUGCCUCUCAGAACAGAAAUAUCCAAAACUUCCAACAGUCUGUAAAUCACCUGAUCCUCAUGCAGCCUCACGUGCAUCCACUAAAAAAGAGAAGAUUUUGGCAGACAUAGAAGCAGAUGAAGACAUUUUAAAAGAAACACGUAGGUCUUAUCUAUCUACAAGGCACAAGUUACCAGUACGAAGUGCAAGUGCAAAGCCUGUGCCUUGUAACUGCAACCCUCCAAUGCCCACAGUAUCUUCCAGAGGAAGAGAGCGAGCCACAAGGAGAUCACUUGAGGAAAAGAAAAUGUUGGAAGAAGAGAGAAAUCGGAUCCUAACUAAGCAGAAGCAAAGAAUGAAAGAAUUGCAGAAACUCCUGACAACCCGGGCUAAGGCUUAUGACUCACAUCAAAGUUUAGCUCAAAUGUCUAAGUCCAGAAUAAAAUCUCUCAGAAAGGGUGAAAAGGAAAGGAUGAGAGAAUACCGAAGAGAACUAGAAGAAAGAGAAGAAAAAUUAAAAAACAGGCCACUGCUAUUUGAAAGAGUUGCUCAGAAAAAUGCAAGAAUGGCCGCAGAAAAGCGUUAUUCUAACACUUUAAAAGCACUAGGGAUAUCUGAUGAGUUUGUUUCAAAGCAAAGCCAAAGUGGAAAAACAUUUGAGUACUCCAAUAACCAAGAGAUGAAAAGUUUCACUGAAGAUAAAGAAAGCUUUAAUGAAGAAGAAAAAAUAGAAGAAAGUGAGAAUGGAGAAGAAAGUUAUUUUAUUGAUACCAACAGCCAAGAUUCUUCUAAGGAAAAAGAUGAAGCCAAUGAAGAGAGUGGAGAAGAGAAAUCUAUUGAAGAAUAAGACAAAAUCAGCAGCACCACUUCCCUGUGCUGGUGCUGCUGUUUGCAGCGUUGGGUGACCGCAGCCAUGCUGGUGUUAAGACCAUUGAUGGGAACCCAUCUGAAUAUGGCACAGGGCUCCUGAGCAAAGUCAUCUGUAGCCUGAAAAGGCUGAAUCCAGCUGAUUUGGUCUUUGAGAGAUGACACCACUUUAAAAUUCAUCUUUGUAUUCCUUUAAUAUUUUGUACGGAAUUGUGCAUAUUGUAGGUACCUAAUAAAGGCUUGGAUGAGUAAGUAGA